AUGGUCACUGUCAUUGAUACUAUUGAUACGAAUAGUCUACUAGAAAAAUUAAAAAACAAUAGUUGGCUUGAAGACUGGGAUUGUAUUUCAUAUUUAAAGCUUUCCAAAAUCAAUGAGUUUUUCAAGGAACAAUAUGAAAAAGAAAAAAAUCUUCCAGUGGAUGAUCCUCAACGAAAGAUGUUAUUUAAACUUCCCAUUCAAACUUAUUCUUAUAAGGAUCCUUUUUCAAAAGGAAAAUAUGACCACGUCAAACUUGAGAUUUAUUUAGGUCCUGUGAACAUUUUUUUUGACGAAAAAGUUUCAAACCGUAUGAAAAUAGAAUAUGACAUAGUUAAUGGUCCCAAGGGACAAUCAUAUUUAGCUACAUGGCAAAAUGAAAAAGAGAAAGAUGAUAUUGAACCAGCGGAUUCAAAGAUAAAUAUAGAACCUAAUACCGCAAAAAUUAUUGGCGAGAAUGUCGUUCUUGAAGAUGUUCCAGGAUUAGUGAAAACUCCAGAAGGAAAAGAGCAUAAAACCCAACAAGUGAUACUUAAUUUUAAGAGUGCUGCUUUCAAGUUUUUUAAAAUUAAAUACUUGGAAGAUAUAGAACUCGCUAGUAGACUGCAAACUUGGAUAAGUUUAUAUUUCACAAAUAGUAAAACACAUAUUAAGUAUCCACUCGGUGAGGUGGUAUUUAGAGAUGAUAAUGUCAUUAAUGCGUUGCAACCAGAAUCAUUUUCCUUUGCCACAAAUAAGUACGCAUUCAUGAUUUAUAUAAAAACUAAAGCAGAUGAUUUGAAAAGAAAUCAUCCGUCAAUUAUGCCCAAGAAUAUAGAUGAACUGCAUGGAUAUUAUUUACUUCCAAGUGACCAUGAGGCGGCAUUGUACAUUAAUUCUCGGAUUAUAUUCGAUGAAAUUAUUGCAAAAAAUAUUGGUGGUGAUAUUAAAGCCAAUGAGGAUUGGACAUUCUCGAGUGAAACAAUAACUGUGAGAUCAGGCACCCAAACAGUUGGAGCUAAGUAUGAAUCAAACGUGAAUGAGAUAAAUCAAGUAAAUAAUAUCUCAUUAAAAAGAGGUUUCAAGUUUAGAGCGGAAAGUGAUUUAAAAACACUUAAUCUUCACAUUAGAGAGAACUGGGACCAACCUUUCGCCUGUGAUAAGAAAACUGUAGAAUCUUAUUUUAAGAUGGUAAUUACUAGAUACACACCUGUAAGUGCUAUUGCGACAUUAUCUCUGGAUUAUAAUUUUAGUGUCGGACCAUUAAGUAUAGACCCAAAAACCCAAAUUAUUGAAUUUCCCCCGGGUAAAUCCCAAGAUCAGCCAAAAAUUUCAAUAGUCGUUAAUGAUGAAACACAAGGAAAUUGGCUUUAUGAAUUUUUAAAGUUCAAAUCUUCAUCAAUUGAAGAAAAAAAAAGCAAAAUAUUCGAAGAUUUAAAAAAGAAAACUUCUGAAAUUAAAAUGAAGCUUAACCAUAUUAAUGUUUUUGCUGCCUCAAACAUUUUGUUUCCUGAUCGUCAAAUUAUCCAAUAUGAUAAAAAUAGUGUAUUUGUUCCUGGUGACAUGGUUAUUUUUGGAAAUUUAAAAAAAAGCCUUUAUGAGUAA